UAGGCGCGGUUUCGCCUUAUUAUUGAAUCAGCGAAGGAUGUGAAUCGGGCUAGUUCGGUCAGAACUGAAAGAGAAGCAGAGAGAAGUCGGUAAUUACGCAGAAUUGUAAUACUCAUUCGGGGAUCACAGGUUAACGAUUACAACUCUGUGAUGUCUGUGGAACCCAUCACAGUCACGCUGGGAACAGAUACCAGCACAUCUAGUUCCUAUUCGCUGGCUUUAAAGAAAAUACUUGAAAUACCCCCGCCGAAUUUACUCGAAGGAGACGACGAAAAUGACAAAGAAAAGCUGUGCACGGGAGAAGGUAUGGAUGGCAUUGGAGCUAUCGCUGGGAUGGGACCCUCAGCUGCCCUAACCCCUGCCAUCUGGGACAAAACAAUCCCUUACAAUGGGGAUUCCUUCCACCUUGAGUACAUGGACCUGGAGGAGUUCUUGAUAGAGAAUGGCAUCUCCGCAAACAUUGAAGAAGGAUCCAAGAAGAGCCCGAGCGAGGGGGAGUCUGUGGCGGAGGCCGAGACAUCAUCUCCUGUGUCCAGUGUGGUCAGCAAAGCUGAACUGCUUCCCUUUCUGGAGCUGGAGCAUUGUGAGGAGGAAGUAGUCACCGGGGAGAGUGGAUCUGCCACAGAGGAGGAGUGCAUGACUCCUGAACCCGUUGACCCAGAUGAAAUCGAGGUGGAGGUGAACUUUGAACCCGACCCGACAGACCUUGUGCUUUCCAGCGUGCCUGGUGGUGAGCUGUUCAACCCCCGCAAACACCGCUUUAGUAGCGAGGACCUCAAGCCACAGCCAAUGAUCAAGAAGGCCAAGAAAGUAUAUGUUCCUGAUGAGCAGAAGAAUGACAAGUACUGGGAGAGGCGGAAGAAGAAUAACUUUGCAGCCAAACGGUCACGUGACGCCCGGCGACUGAAAGAGAACCAGAUCACAGUGCGGGCGGCCUUCCUUGAACGAGAGAACACAGCACUGCGGCAGGAGGUGGCCGAGCUGCGGAAGGAAAAUGGCCGCUUCAAAAACACAAUGUCUAGCUACAAGGCCAAAUAUGGACCCCUUGCACCGGCAGAAGACCUCUAGAUCAUACUUGUGCGUGUCUAUUUUUAUGGGAUCGGGGAGGACUGGGUUAUACAGCAUACAGAAAGUGUAGUGUGUAGAAUGCAUGGGGUGUAGACUGCAUACUGCUUUCAAAAGG